GCGGGUAAACUGAAUCCCUCCGGUGGCAACAAUCGGGGAGGCCCUUGGUUCCGCUGCGGUUCUUGAGGUGCCAUGGCGUUCCCUUGCCUGGAAGACCCAACUUUGGAGAGGAAUUUCAAAGGCCACCGGGAUGCAGUAACUAGCGUGGAUUUCAGUCUAAAUAAGAAACAGCUAGUAAGUGGCUCUAUGGAUUCUUGUUUGAUGAUCUGGAGUAUGAAACCUCAGAUGAGAGCCUAUCGCUUUGUGGGUCACAAAGAUGCAGUAAUGUGUGUUAAUUUUUCACCAUCUGGCCACCUGAUUGCUUCAGGUUCUAGAGACAAAACAGUUCGCUUGUGGGUUCCAAGUGUCAAGGGAGAAUCAACUGCAUUCAAGGCUCAUACGGCAACAGUCAGAAGUGUUCACUUUUCUAAUGAUGGCCAGUCAUUGGUUACAGCCUCUGAUGACAAAACAGUCAAAGUGUGGGCUGUUCACAGACAAAAAUUCUUAUUCUCUCUGAAUCAGCACAUAAACUGGGUUCGCUGUGCUAAAUUUUCUCCUGAUGGAAGAUUAAUUGUAUCAUCCAGUGAUGACAAAACAGUCAAACUUUGGGAUAAAGCAAGCCGAGAAUGUAUACAUUCUUUUUGUGAACAUGGUGGGUUUGUCCCUCAUGUGGACUUUCAUCCUAGUGGUACAUCCAUUGCUUCAGCUGGCACUGACAACACAGUGAAAGUAUGGGAUGUUAGGAUGAAUAGGCUGCUGCAACAUUAUCAGGUUCAUAGUGCUUCAGUGAACUGCCUGUCUUUUCAUUCCUCUGGAAACUACCUUAUUACUGCUUCUAAUGAUUCAACACUAAAAAUAUUGGAUUUACUAGAAGGCAGGCUGCUGUAUACCCUACAUGGCCACCAGGGACCAGCUACCUGUGUUUCUUUUUCAAGAGCAGGAGACUUUUUUGCGUCUGGAGGUUUUGAUGAGCAGGUAAUGGUUUGGAAGACAAACUUUGAUGCUGCUGAUUAUGGUGAUACACUAAAAGCCCAGAAAUAUACUACAAAUGUGAAUGGUCUUGAUUAUGGUAGUAGCCUGAAAACACAGAAGUCCAGUAUGCAUAUGAAUGGCAAUUUUAACAGUAUG